GCUUGUUGUAAUAUUUUACGUGAAUACUCCUUGCUGUGUUAUUCAACCUUAACAAACACGACUGUAAAAGGAUUAAAUCAUUUAAAUAAUAAUUCAAAAUAAAUAAAUCAAUAAAUAAAUGGAUAGUAUUGUAGAUACACUACUGCUGCAUGUGUGUAGUUAAAAUAGAUUUGUUUCCCCCUAAAAAUUCUGAAAACCAAGCCCAGCAUUUUCUCGUCUUUAGUCUUAUUACAUGUCCUGGUGAUCUGGUGAUGACAACAAAAAGUGAAUAGUGAAACCACAGGGAUUUGCUCAGAUGUGCGUGGUGUAGGCUUUCCAGCUUGAACAUGACCACAUUUUCAGCACCUGCCAUCAAUGCAAACACACACCCAUUUCUUACAAACCACACUUGCCAGGCAAGUGCUGUUGGCUGAAGGCGGGGAGGGAUGAGUAUAAAACCUUAUAACCAUGUGAGCUACAGGUAAUAUCUCCUCAAUCCUGGAAUGUUUAGAGACUCACUGAGCACUGGAAGGCUUCUUGUGUCAUAUGGGCUUGAACAUGCGUGGUUACUGGCUGAUGAUUUUCUCCUUUGCCUUGCUGAAGAGCUGCCAAGGAGUUCAGAAUGGUGCCACUGAACUGUUGGAUGGCACCGCAGCCUCUUCACUUCAGGAAACUCAGGCCAGUGGGUCUGUAAAUGAAGCACGUGGAAACAGGAGACACGCAGAAAACACAGCGAAAAUAGAGCAAAGUCAGCUGGGCUGCAGAGAGCUGCGUUCCACCAAGUACAUAUCAGAUGGUAAGUGCACCAGCCUGAAGGCGGUGAAGGAGCUGGUGUGUGCUGGCGAGUGUCUGCCUGCUCACCUGCUACCCAACUGGAUUGGAGGAGGAUACUGGGCACGGCGGGAUGCGUCUGAGUGGAGGUGCGUGAACGAGCAUGUGCGCACGCAGCGUGUCAGGCUCUGGUGCCGGGAUGGCAGUACACGCACGUAUAAGGUUGCUGCUGUGACCUCUUGCACGUGUAAGCGCUACACAAGGCAACAUAACAAGUCUGAGUUGAAGUCUUCACCUCAGAAGCCCACCUCGAAGAAAAGACAUGCAGUCAAUGCAGAGGAGUAAAGCGGGGUUUAGCUCACUCUCAGCUGAAAAGUUCACCGUCAUCAUCUUUUAACCUUACAUCAGCUUUCUGUACUGGAAGGCCAAUGAUAUUCAAGAACACUGACUUGUGAUAAUAAAUGGAACUGCAACUACAAUAUAUAUCCCUGUAGUUGGAUCUAUUAAUUCUGAGUGUUUUCUAUCUCAAGUAGCCUCCCUCUGUUUGUGUAUGACAGCUUGUUUUCACAUGUUCAUUUUCUAAUCUGUUUUGCAAUUAGACAGCAACUCUCCUUCAAGGCCUUUUUAAAAAAAACAGGUUCAGUUCAUAAAGUUCAUUUCAUUUCAUUUCAGUGGUACACUAUGCAGAUAACAUAAUUUGGAAGGUGGUUAUUAAAUAUUUUCCUCUGAAAUAACAUGAGAAAGAGCAGCAGAAUAAAGACAGACCUCAUUUAAACCCCAA